CUUCUGCAAUAUUCACAACAGUCAGACAGGUCAGACGAUUCCCGUUCGAAAUUUCCGCGAAGGGCGGCGCUACGAUUGAUAAAUAGCUUGGCGACAUUUCUAAACAUCCAAGGCUAAGCAAUAUUUCUUUAUAAAUUUGCCUUACGCACGCUCUGGCAGUCCUCAGGCCACUUUUGCUGUGUGUAGCACGUUCUAAGCGUCCACACGAAUGACGAGCGUCGUGCGCUCCGGAGUGAUCGCAGUGCUAACCGCAGCCUUCAUUGCCCUGAUAAGGAGCACAAGUGCCUCCUGCAAUUAUGAAAUAUGGAUUGUCGACCAAGCGGACUCCAACAAUGGAACGGCACUUGUUGGCUAUGGCGGAUACAUCUACAUUUUCCAAAGCCGUGACCUGAAAAAAGCCCAUGAAAUUAUUGACCUCGGCGGUGAAGUGUCUCGGCUCUGCUUCCAGCAGACAGGCUCGUACCCCGUCCGGCCGCACAUGUUGCUGUUCAACCGAGCCCACUCGCAUGCCGUACUGGCGUUUGUGGCUUCGGGUCAUGUCGUGAUUUUCCGCUCUGCGGACCGUCAGCCGUUGGCCUGCUUCCGCACCACACCAGGCUUCAAUGGCCUGCGCCAGGCGCACGCUGGAAUCCCCACCGGAGACGACAAGUACAUCGUCGUGGCGAAUCAGAACGGCAAGAAGGUUGAGCGGAUCAACGUCGACUGGGAGAACGAAGUAUUCAAAUAUGACAUGAACGCAACAUUUACAAUGUACGGCAACUGCACGACACCCAGCAACGCACCCUGUGAAGACCCAGUUCUCCGCCCGGAUAAUGCGCCGAUCUGCACCCCGCCGGGCAACCCACCGCUGGCCUUCAUAACACUGCGCGGCGGCGGAAUGUUUGUGCUCGACUACACAAAGACGCCGAUGCAAGUCGUAGCGGAGUACGACAAAAAUCACAUUGGAGCCAACGGAUGCGGCGGCGUCGCAGCGGGCAAUUACAUGUACAUCAACUCUGGAGGCGGCACCCCAAACAACCUGUACGAGUUCAAGGUAUACAAGCUGCCCCAAACCGGCUACGCGGCAGGCAACCCGCCCAACACGCCCGUUCCCAAAGUGGUGGCUGACGACAGUACAGGUGAACGGGACGCGCACUACGCGGGCGUCACCUACAAUCAAAAAAUAAAGGCCAGCUAUUUCUGGCAGCCGGACAGGGCUCAAAGCGUCAUCGACGUAUUUUCUUUCAAGUCUGACAAGUUCGUGAACCGGAUCGAUCUCAAGGCCACCAACCUUUCAACCGACCCCACACCGGAUGCACUGGCCAUCUCGCCGCUAAUGGACUAUGCCUUCGUGAGCCUCCGCGGGCUGUACCCAAUGUCCGCGGACCCGCACGUCAGCACGGGGAGCUCUCCAGGCCUGGGGAUUCUCCGGGUCAUCCAUUCUGGUCGGAGUGCGCAGCUGAAGGCUAUCGUCCCCAUCGAGAACAUGGUCAAUGGCACGAACCGUGCUGACCCGCACGCGCUGGGCUUGUACGUGACUAGCGCCAACUGUCCAGAGGCAUAUGGCUUCCGGCGGCAGCUGCGCGGUCGCAGCUGAUUGAUUAAAUUAGCAGCAGUGCAGUUCUGUUGCUACGCGGAAUAGUGGGUCCAGCGCUUAUAAAAGGGACCCUUGAUAUAGCUCCAGCAGCUGCAGUCGUCUGUACAAUUUUUGGUCGCCUAAAGAUGGCAACCUUAUAUGAAAUCGAAUGGACGGUUCCUAUAUAAUAUUCCACGGAACGAUGGAUAGACGAUAAAACAUUUUCAGACGGUAAAAGAAGGCUCUGGACGCAUACGGACUACCUAUCGUUUUAACGUUUUGGGAUCCUGUUUGAUGCGGGCGUGUGUGUACAUGUUGUCGUGCAUUGUGCUAUGAUCUCACGGUAAGGGAUGGAGCAACUGCUCAUGCUCUUGCUCCCGUGAUUAAUAUCUCGCAAGAUAUCGGAGCAGCACGUGACGCAGUACAGAGCACAAGAGGUGGUUAGUGGGUGGGGCCAGCCAUACAGCUCCAGAAGGAUAGAACCACCGAUGCUUGGCUGCUAGGCGCCGAACCAGGUGCUGUAGCUUCUUGUUGUAUGGCAUCAGGCCGUUGAGGGGUGCAAGGUGUAGCUGCGUUUCUUCAAUGUACGGAGCCUUAGGCCUUGGGAGCCGGGUUGGAGCCGGGUUCGGGCCGCUUCUCUGUUUUUUUCACGGAUUUGCAGUUUCACUUUAUAAUUUUCAUUACGUUUGCUCCGCUGAUAGGAAUGACAUCGACUCGUUCAGCAUGGGUGCAAGUAGCGUCAAUCAAGUAGUUAACGACAAACGACCAUAUCAUUGCCCCUGAUAUAUAAAUUGGACCUCCUUUGAUGUCACGGAUUUGAAGAAGUUGAAUGCAAGUUCAAAAGUUAGUGUCCGAGGCGUUUCCACUGGGCCCUUCGGCUUUUCGCGUACGGAGCCCCUUUACGCGAUUUCUUUAUAAGAACUUUUUACUUUCGAAAAUUUUAUUUAACUAGUUUCUUAUCGCUUGUAUAAUUUGCUGAGCCAGGUGUGAGAUUUUUUAAACUUAAUGUUAGUG